AUGACCGAUCAGCGUGUUGGCACGUUAGGGCAGGGGAAAUCGACGAGUCGGUAUAGGCACUCUGUCAGUAUAAUCUCAAGGGAACUCUACGAUUCUCGUCGGGAGUAUUCGAGAACGUCUCGAAAGCUGUUUGAUCCAACCAGUGAUCCUGUGCCCAAGACGACAAAAUCCGACGACAGUGAGGACUAUAAAAGAAAUACUGUCUCGAAACCCAAUAAUCGCCGACUGUUUGAUCCAGAAUGUGAUCCUGUGAUUCCUAAAUCAAAACAUCUAAUGACCGGCAACUCGUCUUUUGAAUCUGAAAACAAAAUUGUUGGUCACCAAGCCGCUUUACGAACUCGCGAAGAGUUAAGUGGGCAAUCAAAGUCUGUCGCAGAGAAAUCAUCGUCUAGACGUAAAAGCAGAAAUCUAGUUGACGAAGACGUUGCGCGUGCUCAUUGUUCUCAGUCUCGUGGUGACUCAAGCAAUACUUUGAAAGGCGAAAAAGUGAGCAGACAGGAUGCUACCUCUAAUGCGAUCAAGUUGCUUCUUGAGGAUGUUUAUCAGCUAGAAUCUCAAAUUGCAGAGGAUGACCUUCACUUCAAUAGCUACUUGAAAAAUGGAAAAGUUUUUAAAGAUGAAACUUACUGGGGAGAGAAAGUGGAUUUACACAUACGGUUGUCAAAAAAGUAUGCUCAGUAUAUUCAUUUGCAUUACUCGCUUGCUAUGAAGAAUGAAAUAGAGGCGAAAUGCUGGAAAAUUUGUUACUACUCUUUGAUAGAGAAGUUUCGCCAGGCUAUUAAAAUGAAGAAAUCAGAUUCGUCCAUCAUUCUAAGCACUUUGUAUGACUUUUUGGAUAAAGCAGAGGAGUUUUACAAACUAUUGAUUAUUCAAAUGGAUAAAGAUUCGGAGAAUGUAGGCGACAAGUCUAAAACUCCACGAUGGUUCAGAUGUGUUGACUGUCUUGGUGAUAUUUCAAGGUAUCGUUGGAGCUACAGCGUGGACGAUCUGGAAGUUAGUCGAGAUAGUUUGGCAGACAUUGCUUCUAACUGGUAUCUUAUGGGCAUUAAGCUCAAUCCAACUAAUGGUAAGUUCUAUCACCAUUUAGCUAUCCUGGCACCAAAGAACGAGUUAAGAAUUCUAUAUUAUUAUUGUCGGAGCCUCAUGGUCAAGAUGCCAUUUCUUACUGCUCGGGAAUCGCUUGUGUUGUUUUUCGAGAGAAAUAGAAAACGCUUUACUUCUCACGAAUCAAGCCCAACGAAAGCAAAGGGUGAAUCUAUGCGGUCUCAUUCAAAUAGUACAACUUUCUCCUUAAGUGAACCAGCUGAGCAUCAAACUUUUCUUGGUUUAUUUGUGCGCCUGCAUGGCAUGCUUUUUACGAAAAUUGGACUUGAGCAUUUUGAGGAAAUUGAAAAGGCUUUUCUUUUGCGCGUGUGUACAGAUAAUGACGAGGGGUCGCCCACGGAGUCUCGAUCAUGCGAUUUUUUUUUAAAAAUGGCAAUCAUUAAUUUAUCUAGCUUUUAUGAUUAUGGAAGCAAAGAGGCAUCGUCGUUCAAACGCGCACUGAGAUCCUUAGAUGAUACGGGGAAUAAUUACACGCAAACAGUUGCAGCAGAUUUUGCAUUUUCUCAGGUCAGCAGAUUGACCUUCAAGCUCAUGUACAAUUUCAUGCUUAAGUAUACAAGCUCUGAUGCAAAUUCCGGACCUAAUCCCAUAAUGGAGGGGUGGAUUUUGUACAUCGAAAUUGUGUUGCUUUGGAUGGUCGCCAGUGGUGUCUUCAAAACAAACGCUGAGGAUGUUCGUAAAAGUGUGUGGGAUUUAAUUAUAAGCAAUUCAAUUCCAAGUGGAUUUUGGUCCGUGCUCGCCAGAUUUCUCACACACGUUGCCGAAGAAGUUGGUUUAACUAAUGAGAUAGUGGCAGAUUUGUUGGACGAGAGAAACUCUGCCAGUAAAUUUUUGUUGAGAAAUCCCGUCUUACCCGAGGAUUGGGAGUUACGCGGAAUUGUAUGGUUAGAAAGAGUUUACUCGCCAAAAUUAUCUGAAGAUUAUACGAAGUCACUUAUUAGGAGCAUCGAAAAUCAGGAUGCUCAAUUGUUAAGCGAAAGUGUAAAGACGCAAUAUGCCUCAUGGUUAAACCAGGAUGUCGUUAAGAGUCGACGAUACCGAAUUUUUGAGCUCGGCAUUAUUCUUAGCGAAAAACGUCGCCUAGAGUUAGAAGCUUUACUUGCGGCAACAAGGAACAAUUCGUCAGGCAAAGUGGCUUCGAAUUCACGCUUACGUAGGCAGAAGAGUUCGAGGAAAAAUGCCACAACGUCGCGAAUCAGGCCGGGUAUUACUUGUCUUGUAAUCGACACCAAUUGUUUCAUAGGUGACCUGAGGAUGAUGAAAGAGAUCAUACAGUGUGAGAAAUGGACUGUUAUAGUUCCAUUAGUGGUUAUCACAGAGUUGGAUGGGUUAAGUCAUAAUCCGCCACCGCUUGGCAGUGCUUCAGCAGAAGCCAUUACGUACAUUGAACAAACACUGCUGGCAAAACGAUACAGGAAGCUGAAGAUCCAAACAAGCAAGGGCAACUAUGUGUCUGAUAUUAAUUUCAAGGAAAUGUUUGAUUUCGGCGAAGGGGAAAAUAAAAGGAAAAAUCUUGAUGAUCUUAUAUUAGGAAUAUGCUGCUGGCAUAUAAGCAACCAAAAUAGCAGCACUCGCCAAACUCGGAAUGAUUCUGAUUUAAAUAAUAGCGCAACGGUCGUGUUGCUUACUAACGAUCGUAAUUUGCGGAUAAAGGCGCGUGCACGCGGAAUUGAUGUUGCGGUCAUGCAAGAUUUUAAAAAAUUAUUAGGACGGUAA